CCAAUAUACACUGAAGAAGAAGAGGAGUAGGAAGAAGUUGGUGCGACAUGCUUCUUCCCUACUUAGCCCGUGCUGCUUCUGCGUUAAACGUCAUCCAUAAGCCUGGUGGGCUCACAUCCCGGACACCCUCGCUCUUGGCUCUUAGGAAUGAGGAGAACGACGUUGUCUUGAGCUGAACACGUAACUUCCACUGUAAGUGUAGUUGCCUGUCUGUGCUCUGCAUUAGUAUGGUUAAUUUAUAAAGUCUGGGUGAACAUCACAGCAGCAGAAAGGAGGAGGAGGAGAAGAGAGGGAAGAUCAUGCAGCGUAUUCUGACUCCUGGGACACUGUUGCGUAUGGCAGCAGUGCGCCCACUGCUGGUUGACAUCACCCUUCCUAAGCCAGCAGUAGCAAUGUGCUGCUGUGCUCUCCGUCUGAUACCAAUGCCAUCUGCAGGCCAACACUGGCUCUCAACCUCAGCCUCCAGCAGGGAGGCACAUCAGCCGAAACACCAGCCACCACAGGAGGAGCCUCAGACCCAAGAGGUUCAGAGAGGGGAGGCUGGUCCUGAUGCUGCAGAGGUGGAUCCCCUGCAGGAUAAGUCCAUCGGCCUGUUCCAGAGGUUUAAGAGGACCUUCAAACAAUAUGGGAAGGUGAUGAUCCCUGUACAUCUAGUGACGUCCUCGGUCUGGUUUGGAACCUUCUAUUACGCUGCUAUGAAAGGUGUGAAUGUUGUGCCAUUCCUGGAGAUAAUGGGUCUACCGGAGACAUUAGUGGGCCUUUUGAAAAACUCUUCGAGUGGCUACGCUCUGACUGCAUAUGCCAUGUACAAGAUUUCCACCCCUGCUAGAUAUACGGUAACUCUGGGUGGCACAUCACUAUCAAUUCAGUAUCUCCGCAAACAUGGCUACUUGUCCACGCCACCACCUGUAAAAGAAUACAUCCAGGACAAAAUGGAGGAGACAAAAGAGAAAUUUACAGAAAAGAUGGAGGAGACGAAGGAGAGACUGUCAGAGAAAAUGGAGGUUACAAAGGAGCGCAUCUCUGAGAAAAUGGAAGAGACUAAGGACAAGCUUUCUGAGAAACUGCAGGAAACCAAAGACCGAGUCUCUGAGGGAAAAUCAUUUUUUAGAAAGAAAAAUGAUUAGCGAAACACAUCGACAGGUUGACAAUUCAUCAGUGAAUUGGGAGCAAGACAGCACUUCUGAGACUGGGAGGAACAGAGAGAGACAUUGCACUGUCUUAGGUCAGAAAUCACCUCACACAGUUAGCUUUCACCUGUUGUCUGUUUUAAUUGUCAGAUUCCAUUUCUUAUUGUCUAAACCCUGCGACUGUUAGUGUUGACAAGACAGCAGCUUCAUCUCUCUGAUUUUACACAGGCUCAAGUUAUCUGGACUUCAACUCUCUGCUGGCUGAUGAAGAGGCAUGGUCAUAUUUCUCUUAACAAAACUUUUUAACACAUACAUUUACAAGAGGGGAAAAUGUCCAUGUACCAUUUAUCUUUGUAUAAACAGUAAUAAUAGAAACAUAAAGAUUGUAAAGCUAUUUUCAGACAUGCACUGAAAUCCAGAUAUCCUCAGCAGUUUUAUAGGAGGUGUAUGUGUGAACGCAAAUGUGAGUGAGAGUCUCUGUACUUCCUGCCUGGCCCCCGUAGAUUAAUGUGGGCACACAGCAGGGGAUCCCCGUUGGAUUCACUGUAAGUGAGUGGGGUGGUUAAUGAGGCUUUUUACAUGAGACAGACGUAAAAAGAUAACAAAUCUAAUGGUGAUAAGUGCCGAUGUCAAUAUGCUGUGAACAAAAUCACAAGUUCUCCGCAGCAGAAUUAAUUCAUUACUUCCUUGCUUUGCCUGCUACCCCACCCCUCACCUGAAUCCUAUAUGUGACGGGUGUGAGUGGAGAAUCUCCAGCUGCGUUGCGCAUGUCCUCCGCAGGACAUGUCUGAAAAUGGCUUAUGAGAGAGAGCAGUCCUAAUGCAUCUGGGUGUUGAGAAAAUAAAAGUUGAAGUUUGUGGUUACUUAUGUGUACUAGUCCAUCAAAGCCUUUCAGAAGAAUCUUUUAAAACCUUAUGUCUUUUCUCGUGAAAUGAGAAAAAAAUAGUUUUUCAGAUGUAUUUUUAUCUCAUAGCCAAAACGAUUAUUUUACUGUCUGUACCACUUUAUGUUGUGGAUGAAAGCCCAUUCAUUUUUUGGAGACUGCUUUUGGGGCAGAAAUUGUCACAGUGCAUGUCAGUUCACAUGUGAUGAGUUAUUGGUCCGGUAAAUUGAGUCAUGUAAACAUGGUGGGUCCAGUAUUGUACAUGCAGUCAUAUGUAUGAACACAGGAAGUACUGUGUAAUACACGGAUAUAAGAAAGUGGUUACAGUGUCCUCCCUGCAAGCUA